ACCGUUUUUAGAUAAAUACAAUAUUACGCAAGAAGACACAAACAUCUACUACACAGACGGUUCUAAGAUGGAAAACACAAAUGCCAAUGGCAUAGAAGCAAUAGUAAUCAAUGAAGUAUUAGAAAAAGAACUACAGUGAUUCUGGAAAAAAUACAUUAAUCAUAUUGUCAUAUGUCAUAUUGGCAUGGAUACCAGCCCACAAAGGAAUGUAGGUGGCGCUACGAUCUUUCGACCAAAGAUCCACAUGUUGCAGAACUCUAGUAAUUAGUGAUUGUUGCACAUUCUGAGAAAAAGAGCAUUGUGGCAAAUUAGACAAACAAUCUGUCUCUAUUUGAUUCUAAUUACAAAUCUGAGAAACAGAAAAUUCUUUAACAAAAUGGCUGAAGCAAUGCGUCAAACCGUGGCUGGAAUGUUGAAGGGCAUUGAAAGAUACAAUCCAGAUCAUUUAGCAACUCUCGAAAAAUAUGUUGAAAUUCAAUCAAGAGAAAAUGCAUAUGAUUUAGAAGCUAAUUUAGCAGUUUUGAAGCUGUAUCAAUUAAAUCCACAUAGAUUUAACGUCGAUAUUACGUGUCAAAUAUUGUUAAAAGCUCUGACAAAUCUACCACACACAGAUUUUGUUCUGUGCAAAUGUCUCCUCAGUGAAAGAAUUAUGCAGGAAAGCCCCAUUAACCAAAUUAUGUAUUUAGGAGAUAUUUUAGAACAAUGUGACUUUCAGCAUUUUUGGGAUAGAGUCUUGUCCAUGUCUGAUCUUUGCGACAGAAUUGUAGGAUUCCAGGAUUCGAUAAGAAAAUUUGUUUGUCAUGUAGUGGGAAUUACUUUUCAAACAAUAGAUAAAAGCCUGUUGGCACAACUUCUUGGUGGUGUUGAUGAUAACACCUUGAAACAUUGGGUAAAGAAGUAUGGAUGGAAAGAGGAAAGCAAAACGAUUGUCUUUAUCGCCAAUCAAGACGAAAAUAUAAAAACAAAAAAUAUUACAGAAAAAAUAGAUUUCGAAAAUGUAGCUGGUUUAAUGGCAGCUUGUCUUUAAGAGCUGCAAAUUAAAUAAACGUUUUUUGUACGCAA